CGAAGAUGUUUUACCGCGGCGGCUUGUCGGGAAGAUCCAGCCGGUGGUGGUGACUACCGGGAUGCCGUGGGGAACCAAGAACACAAGAAACGAAGCCUCCCGAUCUCCACGCCCACGCUAGCAAAGACCGCGUUGCGUGGGGUAGGAUUAUAGGCUGGGGUUUUCCCCAUUUUCUUUUUAAAACUAUACUGACGUUUUGGCAGAAGCUGUCAGUGGCGGCUCGACUGAGCAGCCGCGGCCGUUGACAGGUGCCGUCGCCCGGCUCUGCUUGAGGAGAUGCCGCCCGUCCAGAGAACCAUGUCGGAUCUUCGAACGCGGGCGGACGACGGGGGAUGCCCAGUACUGGCUCUCCUGCCCACACAGCCCGUGCAGCAUCACAACCUCAAGUCUGAUAGCACACUAACAAGAUAUGAGAAGACAGAGGACGCUUCAGAAAAGACAUCUUUAGCAGAUCAGGAAGAUGCUCGACUGAUUUACCUUAACCAGCCACAGUUUACAAAGUUUUGCAGCAACCGGGUCAGUACGGCCAAAUACAAUGUUCUCACCUUCCUCCCGAGGUUCCUCUAUUCACAGUUUAGGAGGGCGGCCAACGCUUUUUUCCUCUUCAUUGCACUCCUACAGCAAAUCCCAGAUGUGUCUCCCACUGGUCGCUGGACAACAUUGGUACCUCUCCUUUUUAUUCUGGUGGUGGCUGCUGUCAAGGAGGUCAUUGAGGACCUGAAACGGCACAAUGCUGACAGUGUUGUCAACAAAAAAGAAUGUCAAGUGUUACGAAAUGGAGCCUGGGAGAUUGUACAUUGGGAGAAGGUGACUGUUGGGGAAGUAGUCAGAGCUGCCAACGGCGAUCACCUCCCUGCUGACCUCGUCAUACUGUCGUCCAGUGAACCACAGGGGAUGUGCUACAUUGAAACAUCUAACUUGGAUGGUGAAACAAACCUCAAAAUUAGACAGGGUCUCCAAGUGACGUCAGAUUUGAAGGACAUUGACAGCCUGAUGCGCCUCACGGGAAAGAUGGAGUGCGAGUGCCCAAACCGACAUCUAUACGAGUUUGUUGGUAACAUUCGACUGGAUGGACACAGCACAGUGCCGCUCGGUCCGGACCAGAUCUUACUGAGAGGAGCCCAGCUACGAAACACACAGUGGGUCCAUGGUGUAGUGGUCUACACUGGCCAUGACACCAAGCUUAUGCAGAACUCUACUCGGCCGCCGCUGAAGUUGUCCAACGUGGAGCGCAUCACCAACUUUCAGAUUCUUGUCCUUUUUGGCUGCCUGCUGGCCAUCUCUCUGGUCUGCUCCGUGGGCCAAACUAUCUGGAAGUACCGGUGCGGCAAUGACGCCUGGUACAUGGACCUCAACUAUGGUGGUGCGGCAAACUUCGGCCUCAACUUCCUCACUUUCAUCAUCCUGUUCAACAACCUGAUUCCUAUCAGCCUUCUGGUCACGCUGGAGGUCAUCAAGUUCAUCCAGGCCUUCUUUAUCAACUGGGACACUGAUAUGAUCUACGAGCCUACAAACACACCUGCCAUGGCUCGUACCUCCAAUCUGAAUGAAGAGUUGGGCCAGGUGAAAUACAUUUUCUCUGACAAGACGGGAACGUUGACCUGCAAUGUCAUGCAGUUUAAGAAGUGCACCAUCGCCGGUGUGGCCUAUGGUCACGCGCCUGAGACUGAGGACGGUAGUUUUGCAGAGGAAGACUGGCACAGCACGCACUCGUCAGAUGAGUCUGGAUUUAUUGACCCGAGCUUGCUGGAAAACCUCCAAAGUAAUCAUCCCACUGCUGCUAUCAUCCUGGAAUUCAUGACCAUGAUGGCCAUCUGUCAUACUGCUGUCCCAGAGCGCAAUGACGGAAAAAUCACCUACCAGGCAGCCUCCCCAGAUGAAGGCGCUCUGGUGAGAGCUGCACGCAACCUGGGCUUUGUGUUCUCUGGUAGAACGCCAGACAGCGUCAUUGUGGAAAUGAUGGGAAGUGAGGAGAAGUAUGAGCUGCUUCAUGUGCUGGAGUUUACAAGUGUAAGGAAGAGGAUGUCAGUCAUCAUGCGCACCCCAUCCGGAAAGAUCCGCCUCUACUGCAAGGGAGCUGACACGGUGAUAUAUGACAGACUGGCAGACAGCUCUCGUUACAAAGAGAUCACAUUGAAACAUCUGGAGCAGUUUGCCACUGAGGGGCUGCGCACGCUGUGCUUCGCUGUAGCAGACAUCAGCGAGUCAUCCUAUCAGCAAUGGUUAGAAGUGCACCAGCGAGCCUGCACCUCCCUGCAGAACCGAGCCCUCAAGAUGGAGGAGAGCUACGAACUCAUCGAGAAGAACCUGCAGUUGUUGGGGGCCACCGCCAUCGAGGACAAACUGCAGGAUAAGGUGCCUGAGACCAUAGAGACACUGAUGAAGGCAGAUAUCAAAAUCUGGAUCCUGACAGGGGACAAACAGGAAACAGCUAUCAACAUUGGACAUUCCUGCAGGUUACUUACUAAGAACAUGGGCAUGCUGGUGAUAAACGAGGACACACUUGACAGAACACGGGAGACCCUCAGCCACCACUGCGGCAUGCUGGGAGAUGCUCUUUACAAGGAAAACGACUUUGCGCUCAUAAUUGAUGGGAAGACACUCAAAUACGCCCUCACGUUUGGUGUGCGCCAGUACUUCCUGGACCUUGCCCUAUCCUGCAAGGCCGUCAUCUGCUGCAGAGUGUCCCCACUGCAAAAGUCAGAGGUGGUAGAAAUGGUUAAGAAGCAGGUGAAGGUCAUCACGCUGGCUAUUGGCGACGGGGCCAAUGACGUCGGGAUGAUUCAGACAGCACAUGUCGGCGUUGGGAUUUCGGGCAACGAGGGCUUGCAGGCUGCCAACUCCUCCGACUACUCAAUUGCUCAGUUCGAAUACUUGAAGAAUCUGCUGCUUGUUCACGGAGCUUGGAAUUACAACCGUGUAGCCAAAUGUAUCCUCUACUGCUUCUACAAAAAUAUUGUCCUUUACAUCAUAGAGAUCUGGUUUGCGUUUGUCAAUGGCUUCUCGGGUCAGAUUCUGUUUGAGCGCUGGUGCAUCGGCUUGUACAACGUGAUCUUCACUGCCCUGCCUCCGCUUACUCUGGGAAUAUUUGAGCGCUCCUGUCGGAAAGAAAACAUGCUGAAGUACCCCGAGCUCUACAAAACCUCCCAGAAUGCAAUGGGAUUCAACACCAAGGUCUUCUGGGCUCAUUGUCUAAACGGCCUCUUCCAUUCCGUCAUCCUCUUCUGGUUCCCUCUCAAAGCCUUCCAGCACGACACAGUCUUUGGCAAUGGAAGAACACCUGACUAUCUCCUCCUAGGAAACAUGGUUUACACAUUUGUGGUCAUCACAGUUUGCCUUAAAGCAGGCCUGGAAACCUCAUCCUGGACUAUGUUCAGCCACAUCGCCAUCUGGGGCAGCAUUUGUCUGUGGGUGGUGUUCUUCGUCAUCUACUCGUCCCUAUGGCCCCUCAUCCCCCUAGCCCCCGACAUGUCGGGCGAGGCGGAGAUGAUGUUUUCUUCGGGGGUCUUCUGGACUGGCCUGGUCUUCAUCCCUAUCACCUCGCUGGUCUUUGACGUGGCCUACAAAGUGGUGAAGAAAGUGUUUUUCAAGACGCUGGUGGAUGAGGUGCAGGAGCUGGAGGCGUUAUCUAAAGAUCCCGGAGCUGUAGUACAUGGGAAAAGCUUGACGGAGAGGGCCCAACUCCUGAAAAACGUCUUCAAGAAGAGCACUGUGAGUCUGUACCGCUCCGAGUCCAUGCAGCAGAACCUGCUACCGCACUCCUUUCAGCUGGCCCGCAGGUACUGAGCGGCUCUUUUGACACGUUAAGACGGCUAUGCCUUUUCCCAAGACGAGAAUGGAGUUGUGUCCCAGUCGGAGGUUAUCCGAGCGUACGACACCACCAAGCAAAGGAGCAGAGAGUGGUGAGCGAAGGCCUAGCCGGAGCCACAAGAGCUCUUCUCCACUUUCUUCUUUACGGGGAUUUUUUUGGGACACUUGACCGCAGACAGAAGAGAGAGGAAUUGUGUAUUCUUUUACGAAAGGGAACAAAUGAAUUGUGUUCUAUAAUCUAGCACGGUGCUUUUUUCACAAAGCAUCUCCUCUAUGUUCAUUCAAAAAAAAGGCUCUUAGCACUAAACCAAAAUCAUUGCGGCCAAUUAAAACUGUUUGUUAUGAAUUGUAACAAGACCCGGAGCCGAGAUUUGAAAUGGCGUCAGAUUGCCAAAGAGCAGUCGUGAAUACAAUCUUCCAAGUACUCGUGAAUUCGGAAAAUACGUCGUGAGCACCGCUCUCCUUUUCGUUUCUUUUUUCUUUUUUUUUUGCACUAAAGGAAACGUGUCGUACUAUGUCAAAGCCUUACAUUUGCAUCAUGCCUUCACAAAACAAAUCCUUUUUAGUUCUUCACGUAAUGUAGACACUGUGCCUGCUUUUAGUUUGUGGCCUAGUAUAGGUUUCACCUUUUUGACUUCAGCCCCACUGACGGACGACAGCAUUCCACACGUCACAAUCACAAAGGUGCCUACGUUCCAUCCCGAAGGAAUGAGCUUGCAUCACAACUAGCUGUCAAGGCACACGUAUGGAAAUUAAAAAAAAGAAGAAAAAAAAACUGAAUAAAAAAAAUAUUGAUAUAGAUAUUCCUGACAGUGGUGGUAGUGUUUCCCCGACAACGGAGAAUUGAACCCUUCCAACAUAAGUGCCAUUAGCUUCAAUGAGAGAGAAAUAUUACCCAGGAAUCUCCACGCCAGUAUCAAAACAACCUUGUCUCUAUAGUUAUUCUUUUGUGGAUUUGUAUUUUUAUAUUUGGAGAUGUACACAUUUUGCAUUGACUGGCUUUGUAAAACCAAUCGUCUGCAACUUUUGUCCAAAGCCAGGGACAGAGUGAAUGAGGACACUGAGCUUUCUUAAACGUCUUGUUCUGUAACCUUAAUAUUGUUACUGCUUGAUUUAUUUAUAAUUGGACUUAAUACUUCAUGUCUGUGCGAUGGCUUUCUUCUCCCUAUGGGAGAUACGACUUCUGACUGUGGUGUGUUUGCGUUGGGUUGAUGCUUGCAUGUGCAUGUGAUGAAUGAUGUGAGUGUGCGUCACCUACUGUUAACUUUUUGUGUGCAUUGCAUGUCUGUCUUCUACGCAGGAAUAUUAAAGCCUCGCUGAAAAGAAAAGUAUAGUUGUGAGGGAAAAUGUGUCAUAUUACAGGAAUAAGGUCCUAUUUCGUAGGGGGAAAAGUCAUUACAUGGAGUUUCGUUCCUACUGGGGCCUAUCACAAGCGUAAAAUCAUAACUACAGUAAAUAUGUUAACAAAAAAAAAACAAACUCCAAGGCCAUAAACUGGAAACAAAUGAAAAACAGUCAGCCUGAUCAAAUGUGGUGGUUCAUUAAACUCUGUUCAAACAUAACUUCUUAUGUUGGGAAUGUCAUAACUGAGGGCCUGCUAUGAAGUAAAUAUUGCAAUUGAGAGGAAACAGGCAUUAUAUUUUCAAUGUACAAAGAUUAAUUUACAAGCAGAUUUUUGCUAUUCAUGAGACACGACCCAUCUGCGACUAAUGAAAAUCUUUGGUGCACUGAAUUAAUGGAAUUAAUGAUAACAUUUGCGAAAUUAUUACAUUUUUCCCAUAAAUUCUGUAACGAAAAUAACCCUAUUCACGUUAAAUCAAUUGCUUGUAAAUGUAGUCCCCGGGUUACAACGUACUCGACUUGCGCGAUUUCGACUUUACGACACCGGAGUCUCGUCCGCCAUUUUGUCCCCAGUCAUUUUUUUUUUUUUUUUUUUUUUUUUUUUUUUUUUUGUCGCAUAAACAGUACCUUAUUGUACAUCACAGUAUUAUAUUUUUUUACUGUACUUUAUCAAUAUGACGUGCUCUGUCCUCACCGAACGUGAAGUUUUUCAGCUUUACAGACAGCAAAUAAGGCAAUUGUGCUUUUGAAGCUUUUUACUUUCUUCACUUUUGUCAAUUUGUAAAGCUGUAACACACUUAUGUACGCAUAUGUUCAAAACAACAGACAUUUUAACAAAAAAACACUUGGUGAUUUGAACACAAAACAAUUGAUGUUCAAACGUCCAUCUAGUCUGAUCAAUAUGUAAAUUUAGUGGAUUAAAUUAGCCUAAUUUGCCUAACAAACGUCUGCAAGCUCAAAUGCUAUAAAUACUAACAUAUUUAAAAUCUCAUAGCAAAUUGCUCACAUAUAACUCCACAAACUGUAGCAUGCACGAACAUGUAUUAGCUGAAACAACUUACAGCCUGAUGUGCCUGAUGCCAACCCAGUGUGCAGAUAUCCUUUAUCCAAGUCAGACGUCUGAGUCUGCUACUCAGUCAUACAAGGCGACAGUCCAGCCAGACCCAAUGUUGCCACCAGGGGACAGUGUAUCAUCCAUAAUAAAAUAAAAUACAAUACUUUUGGACUUUUUAGAUAGUUAUUUUGAGAUUUAUUGGUUCUCAAACGGUUAAUUCUGACUUGCGCGGAAAUUUCAUCGUUACGUAGGAAAUCGUUCAUAACCCGGGGUCUAGCUGUACUCUGCCUAUCUGUAUUCUGUAACCUGGCGGUGUUCUAAUACAACUGGUAAUAUUACAACAGUUUCAGUGGGCAAUGAUUGUCAUUAGAUUUUGACAUUUUUACCGUUGUUUAGUAAAAUUUCAACUUGACUCCCAUAAAACUAGAACUUAAUAUUGACGCUAUUUUUUUUUUCAGCGUAGCCUUAAACCUCUCCGUAAGACCGCAAGAUCUCCUGAUAUGUUUCCUAAGUACGAAUGUUUGUCUGUCUAUAUUUAAAUGUGUGUGCGUGUGUUGAUGCUAGCCCAAAUGUCGUCCACGCGCACGAGUGCUGCUUGAGCUCCGAUGUCCUCCUGUGUGCUGAUGCAUGGCCAGCGCGCGUGUUGGAUCGUUUGCGUGUAUUGUCGACUUUUUGACGUGCGCGAGUUUCCGACUCUCCAUCGGCUAUGACGAUGUCGCUCGGUGCACCCUCGAUGUAACUUUAUUUCGGUCGUGGACGUUACUGUUGCUGUCCCAUUUUGGGUUUAACAAUGUUUGUGACUCGCUUCACUGGAAAAGCUGGAGUUGCUUUGAAGUUGUCAAAUGUACUAUGAAUGUGGACGUUGUCAUUUUUCCCCGUUUUAUUUUAAUUCUAAGUUGUGCGCUGCAUGAGUGGAUAGGACUGACUUGUACCACUUCACUUUACAAAAGGAAAAAAAAACUUGAUUUAACUAUUGUUUUUCGUCAUUUUUUAGUUUCAUGAUUGUUGUGCAUGUCAGGACUGCAAAUGUAUAAGUGUUGUCUUAUAUGGUCCGCGGAGGACAACUGAAAUAAACUUUACAUUCAUGGAGCAA